GGAGAGAGCGCAGACGAUGUCGCUGUUGGAAUGUAAACAAGUACGCUACGUAAAAAGUGCGUUCGGAUUUUUUUUACCGUACAAACAUUCAAUUCAGUAGUGGAAAAGUCUGGUUGAAGCAUGUCGAAGUCAUGCUGAGUUAAUGCUACAAGUGUCCAGCCAUUAAAUUAUGUGAAUUUGUGACCACUUUUGCACUUUAUUGGAGCAGUACUUUCACAUUGUUUUCGAGUGACAUCGGGUGCGACAUCCGUGACACUGAGUGAGUCCGUGAUUGGAAUUGGAUAACCACCGCACCGCCGUGUGUAAAAACAGUUGGCCGGCGUUAGGGAGACGGUUUCCCCCCGAUGUAGCGAGUGUGUUGCCCGCACGUCUUCACCAUGCCUUUCGCUAAAACUUCCACUCUUUUGCUGGCCCUUUUCUCUGGGUUUGCCGCGUUGGUACUGAAUGCCGUUGCCGUCGGUUCGCCGUACUGGACACAGACAGAUUUCACCGGCUCUGUACGGAACUAUUACGUGAAUGAAACGGCGGACAAUCCCGUUCCAGUUCUGAUUAGGAACCGAGGAUUGUGGCUGUAUUGUGGGUUUGUGUUGAAUCCAAACUACACGGCCGAUUUUAGUACUGAGGAUAUUAUCCCUUCAACUCAAAGCAGUCAAGAACCGUUGGAUGCUCUUGUUGAAUGCGUCGUCUACAAUUUUACAUCCAGCAUCAAGCCAAAUGCUCCUGGCGCUACCUACUUAAGUAUAAGAUUUUACACAGAGAAAUGUGCUGCAAUAAUAGCAUGUGCAGCACUCGCCAUGCAGUUCUGUGCCGCUAUGACGAGCAUUCAGGGUACGUGGACUAUGUUGACUGUACUCUUCACUGACUGUGGCAUCAUGUUCUUAAUUGGAGCUGUCUUCAGCCUGAUGAGCUCCUUGUUCUUCAUGAUCAGUUUCACUUAUGGGACACACCAAGUCCCUGCAGCCUUUCCCCCUCUCCCAACUGGGUACGUCUUAAACUACUCGUGGUCUUUCUUCAUCGCCUGGGGGUCGUUCGUCUUGACGGUACUCAGCGGGACUUUGUAUCUCCUUAUAGCGAGGGCGUGGCACCUUGAGGAGGUGUGGGUUAAAGCGGAGGUGGAGAAACCGGGCGGGAAGAAGGAAGAGACUGUCAGCUCUCGAAGGAAGCUCAUGGGAAAACUAUGAGAGACACAGAGAGAGAAACAGGUGCUCAGUGCUUUCAUUUCUUUGUACUAUUUUUAAUUGAGCCUUACUUCUGCCCGGUACGGCAGUAUUAUUAUUAUUGUUAUUUUUAUUUUUUUUAUUUUCUUCAAAGCUACCUAUCAUUUUAUAUUCCAGAAGACUCAUGUACAGUGUAACUGUAAAGAAUUUUGUAUCCCUUUGUCUUCAGUCUUUCCAAAGUAGUAUCUACUUUAAAUCUGUCUCACUAAACUGAAAUUUUAAAAAGAAAGGACUUCCAACGCAGUAAAUGCACGUAAUCUGAGAUGCAUGUUUACGGAAAUGUGUUAGGGCACUUUCUGUUCUGUUUUAUUAAUCACAGAAUCCUCUUGCAGUUGUUGCAAUGUACAAAAAAGAAAGUCAAUAUCUAUGUUCUAAUGAUAUCAGGACCUCCCAAAAUGAGUGGUACAAGCAUUUAAAAAAAAUUGUGUACAGUAGCUCAUUUAUCAAAACAAAACGCUAUUUAAUUUACUCAUACCCAAUUUUUCAUAUUGUAGAAAUUAUAAUAGGCCAUUUCAUUUUAUAUAAUUUAUUCUGGUUGUGAAGCAAAGGACUCUCAGUAAAGGAAACUUAAUCACUGUACUA